UAAAUGGAAAACCAAAUCUUGUUGAAACUAGUUUCAUUGCCCCACUUCUUGGAAACUAUGAGAAUGAAAAGAUACCCUUGUUUUACGUGCCCAUCGACGGUUGUUUGGAAGUCACUGUACUGUUCCAAUCGGACUGUUUCGCUAUGCGACCCAGAGUGUCUGAGUGGCUGUGUGUGAUAUGAGUGAUAUCGCAAACAGUAUGUUGCCACUUAAGAAACGCUUUGACAUUCUCGCACAUUUCAGUGCACAAUCUGCCGCGGCGCUGAACACCGCGUCGUCGUCCUCUGUCGUGUGUCGCUGUCGUCAGCUUUCCACCAUGCGCGGCAACGUAAAGAAAAACUUUGUAAUGGUAGUGAGCAUUGCCGUACUGCUGGUGUAUCUAUUUCUGACCCUGUUCUACAACGGUGGACGCGGACGGUACGACAACGUGUUGAAGCGGCUAGCACUGCGGGAAAGGAGCAACAUCAGUGAAGGUUUACAACCUGUGGAAGAAAUCAAUACGAGCACCGUUGCAACCACUCCAGAUGGUACACCGGUGUAUAAGUACGUCUACACAACGCUGGGAUUAGAUCCACGUUUUCCGGUGCCACCGGGUGAUAUGGGAGUUUCGGUGGAGAUCGACACUAACGACACCGACGUGACAGAUCUGGUGAAUCAAGGAAUGAUACAUCAAGGGCUGAAUCAGUUCUCUUCCGAUCUGAUGUCCGUACGGAGACGACUGCCGGAAAUUCGAGACCCCUGGUGCCGCGAACCGGGUCGCUAUCGGGCCGAUCUACCCCCCACCUCGAUUGUGAUCGUGUUCUACAAUGAAGCGUGGUCAGUGUUGGUACGCACGGUGCACUCCAUUCUCGACCGAUCGCCUCCGAAUCUAGUGAGCGAAAUAGUGCUCGUGGAUGAUUUCAGCUUUAUGCCUCAUUUGAAAGCCCAACUAGAGGAAUACUUUGCCACCAACCCGAAAGUCCGAAUCGUACGUGCUCCAAAGCGACUUGGAUUAAUCAGAGCCCGCAUGCUUGGUGGAAAGAGUACAAAGACCGAUUUGAUUACGUUCCUUGACGCGCACGUUGAAGUGACUGUGGGAUGGCUGGAGGCACUGAUACAGCCCGUUGUAGAGAGCUGGACCACGAUCGCGAUCCCAACGAUCGAUUGGAUCGAUGAGAACAACAUGAAGUAUCGCGAUGACAAGGCACCCACCUUUGUCGGUGCAUACGAUUGGGAUCUCAACUUUGGCUGGUGGGGUCGAUGGUCUCAAAAAAAGCAGAACGAGAACAAGAUGGAACCGUUCGAUACGCCUGCCAUGGCUGGAGGAUUGUUCGCAAUCAAUAGGACGUUCUUCGAGCGCAUUGGAUGGUACGACGAUGGGUUCGAUAUCUAUGGUAUCGAGAACAUUGAACUUUCCGUUAAGAGUUGGAUGUGUGGAGGGAAGAUGGUCACAGUUCCCUGUUCUCGAGUAGGACACAUCCAGAAGACGGGCCACCCGUAUCUUUACAAACAACCGAAAGACGUUGUGCGUGCGAACUCGAUCCGGCUGGCCGAGGUGUGGAUGGACGAGUACAAAAGGAUCAUUUUCGACAUCUACGGCAUUCCUCAUUACCUGGAGGAGGAGUUCGGCUCAGUGGCCACACGAAAAGCCAUCCGGGAGAGUGCCAAAUGUAAGCCGUUCAGCUACUACCUCGAGAACGCAUUCCCCGAGAUGCACAAUCCCCUGGUGCCUGGUGCUUUCCGCGGAGAAGUUCACAAUAUGGCUCUGGGCAAUGGUAGCUGUUUGACAUACCGUACCCGUGACCGCUUCCUCGGGAUGGCACCGUGCGAUAAUCUGGAGAAGGAUCAGUAUUGGACCCACAACUACUACCAGGAGCUGAAUAGCUACCGGAACUGUAUCGAUGCCGUCGGAACGAUCGUGGAGGUGUACCAGUGCCAUCGAAGCCGUGGCAACCAGGCCUGGAAGGUGUUGGUGGAAAGUCAACAGAUUCUGAGCGUUGCGCGGAACCUCUGUUUAGCUUUGAACCUGCAAACAAAAACGACCCUUCUGUUGGAGAAAUGUGACGCCACGAAACCGAGUCAACAGUGGAACGUUUCAUACAUCGAGCUGGAUGUUUCAAUGCUUAGAGAACAUUAACGGAGAAGACUCGAUUUGAUUGUUGUUUAGUUUCUAACUCUCCUCUGCGGCUCCGUUCCGUGGAAACAGUGUCAUAUUGUAUCGAUUCAGAUUGUAUAGGUGAUUCAAAGGAACUCUCUCUCUCUCCUUCCUGGAAUCAGACGCAAAUCGUUCUGCUUAACGGCACAAAGCUGCUAUUAUACUCGAAAUACAUCUGGUCUCAUAACAAA